AUGGAGGAUAAUUACGGGGAAAACAGAGGAUGGGACACAGACGCGGAUGAUGGAGAUGGAGAAGGGGGAGAAGAACAAGUGGAAAAUGCACAAGAAGUACUUGAUGAAUGUUUAGAGAAAUUUAGUACUCAUGAUUAUAUUAUGGAACCAGGAAUAUUCACUCAGUUGAAAAGGUAUUUCCAGGCGGGAGGUAAUCCAGAACAAGUUAUUGAGUUGCUGUCACAAAAUUACAGUGCAGUGGCACAAAUGGCAAAUCUGCUCGCUGAAUGGUUGAUAUUAGGUGGUGUUAAAGUCACAGAUGUUCAAGCCAUGGUAGAAAACCACCUGAAGGACAUGAUAUUGAAAACCUUUGAUCCUAAGAAAGCAGAUACUAUUUUUACUGAGGAAGGAGAGACACCUGCAUGGUUGACAGAAAUGAUUGAACAUCCUACUUGGAGGUCCCUUAUAUAUAGAUUAGCCGAAGAGUAUCCUGAUUGUCUGAUGCUUAACUUCACCAUAAAGUUGAUUUCAGAUGCUGGUUAUCAAGGGGAAAUAACUAGCAUUUCGACAGCUGCCCAACAAAUUGAAGUAUUUUCUAGGGUGUUAAAAACUUCCAUUUCUGGUUUCCUGCAAAACACUGAAGACUGGCAAGGCACCGUUGAGGAGUGCUCCAAAAUGGUAUGUCAUGGGCAGCAUACCUAUGUUUACAGCCAAGUGCUCCUACAAGUCUUGUCUCAAGAGGCUCGUGGUGGUUUUAACAUGAAGAGGUUAUCACAAGAAAUUACACGAUGUGCUCAGCAGAAUCAUCAUGAUGUUACACCCAUCACCAUGGCAUUAAACGGUGCUGCUGGGUAUCCCCAAGCAUGCCAAGCCCUUACUUCUAUGUUAUCCCGAAAUGCCCUCAAUCCAGCUGACAUUACAGUUUUGUUUCGAAAUUACUCUGCUGCAGAUCCUCCUCCAAUUGAUUUAAUUCGCACCCCUCAGUUUUUGGAGCUUCUUGUAGAUUCUUUAUUCAAGCCUGGGGUGAAACUGAACCCAGAGCACAAACCAAAGUACAUUUAUUUAUUAGCAUAUGCAGCAAGUGUCUGUGAAACAGCAGCCCGUAAAGGACAGACUCGGAAGACUGUCAACAAGGAGGAAUUAAAGCCAACUAUACAAGCAAUUGAGAAAGUACAUGAUAUAUGUAACAUCAACAAAGGAUCAACUGAACUUAUUGCUGAACUUUCUAUUCUUUACCAGUGUAUUAGGUUUCCUGUGGUAUCUGUGGGUGUGAUAAGAUGGGUUGAAAGUACAGUUACAGAACCGAGUUAUUUCAAAUUGUGUACAGAACAAACUCCUAUUCAUUUAGCCUUACUUGAUGAAGUUGUCACUUGCCAUUUGUUGUUGCACUCUAAAGUUCUUCAAUUACUUAUUCAGUUGUUUGAAUCUAAGCAAGAUGAAUUAGAAAUUCUUGUUCAGCUGGAGAUGAAAAAAAUGUUACUUGAUAGAAUGGUGAACAUUUUAAGUCGUGGUUGUGUAGUGCCGGUUGUGAAAUACAUUAAGCAGUGUUGGCAGCAGGGAGACACAGACAUCUCAUUAAUUCGUUAUUUUGUUACUGAAGUGCUAGAAGCCAUUGCUCCGCCGUAUACUCCAGAGUUUGUAAAUUUGUUUCUUCCGUUGGUUGAGAAUGAAGAAAUAACGGGAACAAUGAGGGGAGAUGGUGAGAAUGAUCCUGUUUCCGAAUUUAUAGUUCACUGUAAAGCACAUUUUGCUGCUUUGUAA